AUGAACAAACGAGGCAAGGAUGUCAACUGGUCAAAGUUAGCAAAUGCAUCGCCUAAACCAAAGAGACUUCACUUAGAAGAGGAUGACUGCGAUGGUCUUUUUCACUGCCCGGUGCAGAUUUGUAACCACGAUGGAUUCACUACGCAAAGAGGCUGUAGAAAACACGUAAAGAACAAACACAGCUGGUACUAUUACUUCGACGAGAAGCCAAACAGUGCUCAAAUGGAAUCGUUUCACAAUCAAUCCGAGAAAAUUGAAGCCAACGAUCGGACGAUUCCACGUACAACGAGAGCAAUUGCCUCAUUUGACUUGAAAAACAACAUUUCUAAGAGUUUUUCCUCAUGGCUAACUGGCAGCGGCGGGGGUUGUAAAAGCGAUCGACAAGCACAGCAAAUUGUCAGCAGGUGUAUAAAGGUUCUCAAAUUCUGUUGCGAAGACGAAGAGGAACUCACAUUUGGCAUUGUUGAUUUCAGCCUAUGUUCACCGAAUCUCCUAUUUAAAUUCGUUGAUACGAUGCAGGAUGAAUGGAAACUCGGACACGCGGGACGCAUAGGUUACUUGGACGCUAUUGCAGAAUUAGCGGAUUUCAGAAAAGUAAAUGGCGCAUCAGAAACAGUAUGGAGAGGCCUUUCCACAGCAGAAAUGUACUUAAAAAGGGUGCGAAAAACCGUGUCAAAGAUGAUGAGGUUACAAUGGACCAGCGAACUCGAUAUUGACGCUUUAGAAGCCAAGGGGCACUGCGCCACCAUGGAAGAGCUUUUAGAGGUGGUGGGGCGUUACUUGCCGCGCUACGAGAGCGUGCUUAAAACAUGCAGGGAUAAAUCAGAUACUGUUUCGCCACUGGAGUUAUCGUUCGCUACCAAAUUUCUGGCAGUCUAUUUGUUUAUCAAGGUUAAAGGCUCACGACCGAUGACAUACCAAUAUCUAACCGUAGAAAUGGUCGACAAAGCUAAGACGAACGGCGGAUUCAUAGACCAAAAACAAUUCAAGACAGCUGGAAAGUAUGGUUUUGAUUCCCUUUUCCUGACAGACACCAGUAUGCAAGUCCUAGAAGGCUACAUCAACCACAUUCGCCCACUUCUCAAGCCUAAUUGUGAUUAUGUUUUAGUCACGAGAAAUGGUCGACAGCAUAACAAGCUAGGAGAAGCAAUGAGUAAAUUGGUGUUCGAUGCAACAGGCAAGUAUGUUCACCCAACUCGCUACCGCCAAAUAGUGGAGACGGCAAGCUCUAGAACUCUUAGCAGCAGCGCGCAAGAUGCGAUCUCCGAGGACCAGAAACACAGCUCUAUUGUGGCAAGAGUUCACUAUCAAAAACGGCGAUCUCGUGAAGUCACCAGCAAAGCACAUGCAUUUUUGAAAAAGGCUACAGGGCGAGAGGGGAUCAGAGCUAGAGAUGGACGUACGCUCUAGGCUUUCUGAGAAUUCAAGUUCUUCACAAGAACAAGAUGCUGGCAAAACCGAUACGUCUUCUAAUGACGAAGAAGACGUAAUUACAGAUACAACACGCGAGCCUUUAGUAGGAGUGCCAAAAUUGCGGCGCGAAAAUGCGUUCAGAGUGACCGAAACAAGCACGCGACAUAAGAGUUUAAUGUUCACCCCCGAGGAAGACAAAUUCCUCAAAGCUGGACUUAAACGGCACGGAUUUGGGCAAUGGAAAGCGAUUCUAACAGACCCCGACUUUCAGUUCCAAAAGGGAAGAACAACUAACUCUCUUCUGAGCCGAGCC